AUGGGGUCCGGCUGUCACCAGCAGCCCGUCACCGAGGCCCCGGGGCCCGUUCACCCGCCGCCUCUAACGCACUCAUCCUCCUGCGCCGGGCGCAGUGAAGCGGUCGCGGUUUCCUUCCCCUCCCUGGCGGCAUCCUGCGCCGGCUGCGGCUCCGCUGUUUUAUUCAUUAACCUGUUUCUAAGGUAUUAUGCACGAGGAGAUGCUGAAAAUGCAAUGCGAUACAUCAAUGGAACCAGACUUGAUGAUAGGAUCAUAAGGACAGACUGGGAUGCAGGAUUUAAGGAGGGUAGACAGUAUGGUCGUGGAAGAUCAGGGGGCCAGGUCCGAGAUGAGUAUCGGCAAGACUAUGAUGCUGGAAGAGGUGGCUAUGGCAAAACUGUUCAAUGCCAGUGAAUAGUGAAUGACUCAUCAGCCUCACAGGAGAACUAAAUCUGCAUUGUAAAUGUCAUGAGGCACAAAGUAGGUCUGUUGCACACAUAUUUACGUAGCUAGAAAUUCACAGAAUCUACUAUCCAUGUUCCUGUGGGCACAUAGUAUGUUCAACGUCUUUUCCGUUUUAAUACCCAGA